CAAUCUAAUAUAAUAAAUAUUAGUUGAAUUCUAUUUUUACCAGUGCAUAAAUCAAAUAAACUAACUGUUAGUGUUAAAACGUCGAUGGCAGUGACAGCGCAUAUAUUAUAGUUUACUGCGCAGAGUAUAGGUCUUGAACUGACUUAUAUUCUGAUAAUCACAAUACUUGGUAUUAUGUCCCCUAUAGCCGAUACACGGCAACCCUAUGAGAGAAGCUGUUGAGUAUUUCCUAAAUUCGCCUACCACCACGCCAUCUUAUGGUUCUUUUUGUGUCAACUUACCUCCCCGCGGGACCGCGGGCGAUUGAUUUAUCGCGUGAUCACCUGUAAGCGCGGCAACUGCCGCGUCUCUCGUCAUAGCGUUGAGUUUUUGCCAUCUUGACACACGCCUUUUUUUCCGGUGCCUAUUACUUAAAGCGAAAACAAUAUUUUUGAGCAAAAAGCAGGAAAAUGAGUGAAAACGGCGAGAAGCCCGGCGAAGGUCCCCCGACAAAAAAGACACGUUUAGAGGAAGACGUAGAAGGCAUGAGGAGUCGGUUAAGUUUUCUCACUAAUCUUUUACCUCGUUUUUUGCCCCAGGGACCACAGGUUAUACCUACGCAGAACGAAGAGCCCCAGUCGACCCCACUACUAGAGCUAGGUGAAUGCUCGACUACUAUUGACGAGAAGAAAAUCUCUCAGGUGACAACAGAAGAACGAGUGAGUCAAGUUAACUCCUUACAACACUUCGAAUCCAGUGAAUGGAAGGAGGUGAGAUACUCAGAGGCGCUCAAAAAAUUGGUACGUACCCCCGGUUUCACAGAGCUCAAAGUCAACAAUGAAUUAUGCUAUCUUGAUAAAGGUAAGGACACCUUUUUAUCCACGGAUCGAGUCAUGGCUGGAUUGACUCACGUCCUCCUAGAUCAAAGAGAUAAUAUUAAGUAUAUUAUGGCUGACUUUAUUGACUGGAUAAUAGAGAACCAGGCAGUCCUCACUAAAGAGGACCUCACUAAGGUAGUAACUGACAAUUUCGGUGCAGGCUCAACAAUUUUUAAUAAUUUUGAACAAGCUUUGCAGGUAAUCUGUGGAAAAAGAGCGGAAUGCAUCGAAAACAGAAGAAAACGAAUCUUGGCAGAAAUCCCAGUAAAAAAUGUCCAGGUGGCCCUGAAGAAGAUUCCACCAAGCUCCGAGUUCCUCUUUGCGAAGGAAGAGCUGACGUCACUAAUAAUUUCUCUAGGGGGAGCACAAUCAUGGCUAAGUCCUCCACCAAGCUUGACACCGAAAAAGACAUUCCAGAGGAGAGAAACUCCCCGAAGCAGCACGAGCCGAUCUUUUCAGCCCUCAUCAAGACCAAGAUUCCAGCCUCCCUCAAAACAGGGAUUUCAGGCUAAAAACAACACAACACCUCGUCAACCAGGUAACAACUCUAACUUUAAGCCCAAGCAGGACUUUUCUAGAGCCAAAAGUACGGAUUCCUUUCGCAGGAAAUCCGAAAAAUGACUAUAU